CCUUACCAACUCUUGGCAUUGUCAGUCUUUAAAAUUUCAGCCAUCGUAGCAGGCGAUUUUAAUUCACAUUUCCCCCUAACUAAUGAGACGGUGUGCGUUCCUUGGUUGUGUGAGUGUCCUCUCUUGUGAAGUGCCCUUGCUCUUUUCGCCUUGCCUCCCAGGCGGCUCACCUUGAGCCUACAAGCUGCAGAUCUGGUCCAGGCCCGCAGCGGACUCAGGCCUGGACACUCAAGGAAGCAGCUAGUGGAGAUGGGGCCAUACAGGCACUCCCUGCCGUGGGGUGUGUGGCCUGCGGGCUGGUGGCCAGGGCAGUCCCCUGCGUGCUGACACCUGGCUUCCAGAGGCUGUCCUCUGUCCUCCCGCCUGGGCGUCCUCCAUCGGCAGCUCCCCAGGGAGCAGGCCAUCCUCUUGGCUUCGGUGCCUGGUGUUUCAUCACCUCUAGACUGCGUCACAGACACCUCAGCCGAGGCGCCACCCUCAGUGGGAGGACGGGGCAGGAUCCAGGCAGGACGUAGGGGAUCUUCCAGUUCCUCCCCCUGCCCUUGCUCAAGCUGCUGCGGGCUUCUUAGUUGCUGAAAUGAGAAUGUAAAACGUGGCCCCGGUGUGCCGAGCAGCGGCCAGGGCUUCCACCACUCCUCAGCUGGGAGACCCAAGACUGUGCUCUGUCCACCGCACCUCCUGCAUGUCCUGCUGCCCUGAGCUGUCCCAAGCUAGGUGACAGCGUGUUACGCUGCCACCAUGAAUGAGGUGUCUGUCAUCAAAGAAGGCUGGCUCCACAAGCGUGGUGAAUACAUCAAGACCUGGAGGCCCCGGUACUUCCUGCUGAAGAGUGACGGCUCCUUCAUUGGAUACAAGGAGCGGCCUGAUGCCCCAGACCAGACCCUGCCCCCGCUAAACAACUUCUCUGUCGCAGAGUGCCAGCUGAUGAAGACUGAGAGACCACGGCCCAACACCUUCGUCAUACGCUGCCUACAGUGGACCACUGUCAUCGAGAGGACCUUCCACGUAGACUCUCCAGACGAGAGGGAGGAGUGGAUGCGGGCCAUUCAGAUGGUCGCCAACAGCCUUAAGCAGCGGGGCCCAGGUGAGGACCCCAUGGACUAUAAGUGUGGCUCCCCCAGUGACCCUUCUGCGGCCGAGGAGAUGGAAGUGGCAGUUAGCAAGGCUCGGGCCAAGGUGACCAUGAAUGACUUCGACUAUCUCAAACUUCUGGGCAAGGGCACCUUUGGCAAAGUGAUUCUGGUGCGGGAGAAAGCCAGCGGCCGCUACUACGCCAUGAAGAUCCUGCGGAAGGAAGUUAUCAUUGCCAAGGAUGAAGUUGCCCACACGGUCACCGAGAGCCGGGUCCUCCAGAACACCAGGCACCCAUUCCUCACGGCACUGAAGUAUGCCUUCCAGACCCACGACCGCCUGUGCUUCGUGAUGGAAUACGCCAACGGUGGUGAGGUGAGCAUAGCCCGCGUCAGUGUUCCCACACCUCCUUCCCAGCUGUUUUUCCACCUGUCCCGGGAACGAGUCUUCACGGAGGAGCGAGCCCGCUUCUAUGGUGCAGAGAUCGUCUCUGCCCUUGAGUAUUUGCAUUCGCGGGACGUGGUGUACCGCGACAUCAAGCUGGAAAACCUCAUGCUGGACAAAGAUGGCCACAUCAAGAUCACUGACUUCGGACUGUGCAAAGAGGGCAUCAGUGACGGGGCUACCAUGAAAACCUUCUGUGGGACACCCGAGUACCUGGCACCCGAGGUGCUGGAGGACAACGACUACGGCCGCGCGGUGGACUGGUGGGGGCUGGGCGUGGUCAUGUACGAGAUGAUGUGCGGCCGCCUGCCCUUCUACAACCAGGACCACGAGCGCCUCUUCGAGCUCAUCCUCAUGGAGGAGAUCCGUUUCCCACGCACACUGAGCCCUGAGGCCAAGUCCCUGCUUGCUGGGCUGCUGAAGAAGGACCCCAAGCAGAGGCUCGGCGGGGGGCCCAGCGAUGCCAGGGAGGUCAUGGAGCACAGGUUCUUCCUCAGCGUCAACUGGCAGGACGUGGUGCAGAAGAAGCUCCUGCCACCCUUCAAACCUCAGGUCACCUCUGAGGUUGACACAAGGUACUUUGACGACGAGUUCACCGCCCAGUCCAUUACAAUCACACCCCCGGACCGCUAUGACAGCCUGGGCUCCCUCGAACUGGACCAGCGGACCCACUUCCCCCAGUUCUCCUACUCAGCCAGCAUCCGCGAGUGAGCAGAGCCGUCUGCUGCCACCACCGCCGCGGGACACGCACGGCUGCCAUCACCGCCCGGGGGCUUUUCUCUUGUUUUUAAACUUUUUAUUUUUGCCUUUUUUGUUUGCAUCCCCAUCUCUCACCUGCUCACCCCCAUUUCCAGUUUUUUCUUCAGCCCUCUGCCAAACUCACCUCAGCGGUCCCAGCGGCCCUGCCUCCAGGAUCCUGUCCUGUCCUCACCUCUGUGCUCAGACCAGGCUUUGGGAGACUCUCCGCUGGAGGGAUUCCGGUUUUUAAUCAACGCGAGCCCCAGGGAGGGGCGAAGCGUGGGGCUGUGGGUCCUGCCUGAAUUUCUGGCCAGACGCCUGCAGGCAGUCUGCCUCUGUCAGAGGUCGCCUUCUCGUGGGACACCUCAGGGGACACCUUGUGGGACAUGAUGCCCCGCGGACAGUGCCCCGGUGCUGCCUUCCAUGCCCUGCUGUUAGGCUCAGAGCGGCCUGGCUCGGGCAGCCCAGCCCCUCAUCCCACAGGGGCAGAAAAGCAAUAAUGUCUAGGGACAGGCUGGGGCCUUUGGAAGGUGCGGGAUUGGGGGUCCAGGGCUCCCUCGUGUGGUUGGGGGAUGGGCACUGCCUCCUUGCCCCGCCUUCCCCAGCCUCCCAAGCUGCUCUCCUGACCCUGUGGAUGAGGCAGGAGGAACAUUUGGGGACUGGCCUCCCCGCCACCCAGUCCUGUGCCUUACCAGGGCUUCCUUCCAGCUGGCCUUAACUCCCGCUGCACCCCGGGCCCAGCCCCAGCUCUUUCCAAGGAUGGAGGCUGGGAUCACCCCUUUCUUUCCGCCUGGGGCGGAGGGGUGCCAGCCCCGGCUGUUACACAUCUCGCACCAAGACAGUAUUGGGCCCCGUGGACUGGGGUCAAAGAGGGGGUGGGGUGGGGGGGUCUCUGGUACGUACUGGGGUGGGGGCCUCUGAGAAGGGGAGGCUCCAGGGCCCCUUUCUACCCCCCCGCCUCUGGGCCCCACGUUCUGCAGCCUUAAGGUGAACAUGUGUCAGUGCUAUGGGCACGGGGGUACGUGCCUCAGACUAUGUGUGUUUGUGGAUGUCCCUCUGCAUCCCGGACGUGGAUGCACACGGGCGUGUGUGUGUGCGUGCGUGCAUACAUGUGUGUUGGGUAUGUGUGCGUGAGGGCAAGCGUGUCUCGGCCUUGAGUGUGUGGUGUGUGUGGGCUUGGGCCCUGUCCCCGGGCCUGAGCGUUUCAUCCCCUGAGGGAGGGGUGCUGGCCCAGCAGGAGGACCACACCUGGGAUCCAUUUGCUGCCUGCUCUCCCUCCCAUCCCCCCCCACCACCCAACAUCUCUCAGUGUGUGGAAUUUAGUUGUGGUUUUGAUCUCCCUGCCCCACCUCCUGUACUAGGUAGUUCCGAGAGAGACAUCCUAGGGUGGGGUGAGGAUUGGUUUGGGUGGGUGGGGGGUCUUUUUCCUUUCUGUGUGCGUAUGUCCUUUAUCUGACAAUUCUCUGUCCUCCCCACUGGCCUUCCCCCCUUCCUCCCAUUUGUACGGUACAAGCAAUAAAGACACUCGUUUCAGACCGGG